UGCCCUUUGUUCUAGCGACUGAACACCUCCUGAACACCAUCAAACCACGACAAACACAUCACUCAACCUUGAUCAACUCCCAAAUCUCCCAUCAAACUCACAAACCACCGACGAAAUGCGAGGCAACGACCCACAGACCAAGGUCCACUACAAGGGCAACAACGACGACUUCAUCGUGAUUGUGGAGUCUGCAAAGGCAGUGCAGGACUGGAAGAAGGAUAGCAGUAUCCCGCUGGCACAGGUUGUUGCUGGCUUCAAGAUCUUUCUGACACACAACCAAGGCAACACCGGUGUCCUUGACGCAGCUUCCAAAGGCGCACUCGAGGGCGAGUUUGGCACGCACAACGAGGACGAUGUCAUAAAGCAAAUCUUGGAGAAGGGCAACAUCAUCGAGUCUGGGAACUCUGGCCGUGAUGGCGUCAAGAACGUCACCCAAGGCCCCAUGGUCGGUCACUAAGCAAAGGCUUAUGGUUGACGUUUCGAACGAUUUUGUGGAGGACUACCAGCUGCAAUGAGCACCGCAAGGCGGAACGCUGGGGCCUGAAUGCUCGCAGGUGCUGGAGCCAAGAAGCUCGCGCCUUGUGCCAAUAACUGAAAUGAGAUAUGAGAAAUGAAAUUCACGGUUGAAGGAAACUUCACCAUCGGCCUGUGACGUACCAUUCAUUCAUGCAAUGCCCACUCAUGGCUGAUGUCUCUCGUUAGAUACCCGCAGAAUACCUUCGAUGUCCCGUCGCGGUCAUGAGUGUCGCGCCGUGCGAGAAAUCGGGUAGGACCAAUGACUGUGAGCAGAGAUGUCUGGAAGCCUCAGAAUCUUGUCCAGGUAAAGUGAUCCAGCAAACUUUCCAGGAACCGACCUGUUGUUGCAGAUGAGUCCCAUCACUUCCAUGCAUGUGAGUGUGCAUCUGCAGCGCGCUCUUCUUUG